CACAAUCUUCUUGUGCGCUGCGCCAGUUGCGGGCACACCGAGCGCCCCGCGCUUCGAUCAAAAGCUGCCGGUGUCACUGGCCCACCGUGCUGCGUCCAGGAGGCCGGAGUAGCGCGGUCGUAGGCGUAGCUGACAGCGGUCAAAAUGAGACGGCCAGCGGCGGCCAGCUGGGCCGCAGCCGCUUUAUUAUGCCUCGUGAGGGUAGCCAGCCUCAGCGCGCCGCCCGCGCCGCCCCCAGAUAAACCCAAGCCAAAGGGCCCGCCCCCCGACGAGCCGCGCGAGCGGCGCAGGGGCGCGUCCUUUAAUUCGUGGGAGUCCUGGGACUCCGCCGUGAACGUGGCGUUUCGCCCCUGGGACGACGCCGCCCAAUUGUUAACGUCGGUGGAACGGCGAAGAGCCUUCGACCCGAAGCCGAGACGACAGGACGUCGAGGGCGGCCGCUGGUGGACGCGCCUCUCCCAGACCAUCUUCCCCGUCGAACGUGCAGAUGACGGGUUGCUCGUGGGCGACACGUGGUCCGAAUUGCGCAAUUCGCUGGAGGAUGACGACGUCCGAGAGUCAGCAGAUAGGGCCACGCGUCUCCUGACGGACUGGGCUUCCCAAGGAGGCGCUGCGAGACAACUCGCGGUCAACAAGGGCGCGUCCGUCGCGUCUUAUGUGUCGAGAACCCCGUUCGGCACCGACGCCGCAGUAGUUGCUGCUGCUCUUCUCUGUGACGCCCACGAGGAGACGUACGGCGAGUACCGAGGACCGGCGACGCUACCCUACGAAGCCAUCGUCGAAGCUCUCGGUGCGGAGACGGCGGAUUUAUCUCGUGAUCUGGCCAACCUCGCUCAUUUGUGUAAACUCCAACGGGCGCGGUGGGGCGCCGGGACCAUGUGGGGCGAUCCUAGGAGAGGCCUCAUCACGGGCUUCGGGGACCAGGAUGAUGCUCUCUUGAGGAGCUGUCGGCUGCCUCGAUCGCAUGCCCAGAACCUCCAGGAGAUGUUAGUGGCCGUGGCGGGGGACUUCCGGUCGCUGCCUUUGUUAUUAGCGCGCCACCUGGAAGCUCUCCACGAGGAGUGUGCGGAGCGGAGGGACGCCGAGGAGGCUAGAAGGUUGGAAAGGCUAGCGGGUGGUACUGUCGAGGAACUAGGUGAUGCCCCUUCAUCACUAGCAAGAGACGCGCUAGACGUCCUCGCCCCUCUCGCGGACCGCUUCGGUCUCAAUCAGUUAAAAACGGAUCUCGAGGACGCGGCCUUCGAGCGGUUGGCUCCGAAGGCGCGGCGUAGGAUUUGUGAUGCGCUCGAAAGUCAACGAAGUGAGAGAGACGUCGUCCUGGAAGACGUCACGCGUAGACUCAAACGAAACUUGUAUGAAGACGACGUCGUCAUGAACGGCGUCUCUUCGUUGCGGGUGUAUGCGAGAGAGAAAGCUCCUUUUUCGAUAUGGAGAAAACAAAGGCGAUUAGGCGCCACGAACGGCGAAGUUAAGAUGCCACCAGACGUCGUCGCGUGUAGGGUGGUCCUGGACCCGCUCGACAAAAAGGACGACAGCGCGCUGUGCUACCACGUCCUCGACCGCGUCCGAAAAGUGUGGAGAUCCAACGAGAAUCGGACCAAAGACUACAUCGCGCGCCCGAAGUUGAACGGCUAUCGUUCAUUACAUGCGACGGCCAAAACUAGGUUGCAUGGUGCCGUGUAUGAUUUUGAAGUGCAAAUUCGGACGCGGGACAUGCAUCUCGUGGCCGAGUUUGGCUCCGCAGCUCAUUCGCUGUAUAUCGACGGGACUUCGGACCGGAUGGUGCCUUCCUUUAGUCCGGGCAACGAGACGCGGACGUCGCGAUUGGGUGCGAAAGCUGGAAGGGCCUUGGGGGAUGCUUUACGGAGCGAACGGGUCUUCGUGGUGGCGGAAGGGGGGAGGGUGCUGACGCUGGGCUCGUCCGCCAAAACUUGUGAAGCUCGAGGCGCAUUACUGGAAGAUUUACGGCGGGACGAGGCCGAGUUCGACGUGAACGGCCCGGUCGAAGUGAAUGGCCGGCGGCCGGACUGGAUCGAGUCGCUGGACACGCCGCUGAAUAAUGGGGACGAGGUCCGGUGGGCGCCGCCGGCCGAAAUUCGGCCACGGCGGUGGCCUGGGGACGUGUAAGUUUUAGCCUCG